AUGUGGUUAGUGAGGAAGCUAGCUAGGCGGGAUGAUAGUGAUAAUGAGGUUGCUCAUAGUAAUAACACGAACGAGAAGAGAAAGAAGAAGAGGAAGAGGAAACAAGUGAGCGACUUGAGAUUUGAAACAACGCAAGAGCUUGGCUCCAUCUCUAAGAGAAAGGAGCGUAAGAAAAAGUAUUUCGAAGAAAAGAAAAAGAAGAAGAAAGCUGAAACGAAAGAUGUUCUUGAUUUUCCUGGACGUGAGAGUAUAAAAUUUGGAGAAGUGGUUGAAGCUCCUCCAAAGUUGGCCGUGAUACUUAAGGCAUUUAAGAGCGCCCAAAAUGCUUCACAAGAGAGGCUUCGUUUAAAGGCUAUUGAGGCGUACAGGAAUCGUAAAGGAUGGUCAUCAAGACCAGGGCUUCACCUUCCUCCUCCUGUGACUACUUCACCAUAACUGUAAUUAAUUUGUGCACACAUGACAGCAUAGGGUGUGUUUUCGUUUAAUAGUUUACACUCCUAUGCUUUUUGUCAAUUUUUUUUUAAUCUUAAUGACAAAUGCGAAAAUUCUGUGACAAUGACACAAUCAACAUAGUCAAACUUUAUAAAAUCUGGGCUUCACCUUC